GCGCCCGCGCCCGCCCCCGCCCCCGCCUCUGCCGCCAUACCGUCUCUGUCGGAGGACCUGACUCUGUCGGAGGACUCUGACGAUGACUCGGCGGCGCACAAACACCAGCAGCCCCCUCAGCAGCCGGCGGUGUCGGUGUCGGCGUCCCGGGGCUCCGGCCGCCUCUCCGAUCGGUCCAGGCCGUCUCCGUCCGGCUCCGCCGACCGGCCGGCAGCGCCCUCGGCCAAGUCGGCCGCCGCGCCGGCCGCCCCCGCCGCCCCCGCCGCCCCGGCCGCGCGCGUGGCCUCCAGCUGCUCGUCGAGCGAGUCCGGAUCAGAGUCCGAGUCGGAUGACUCUGCCGACGAGCUGCGCCCGGUGCCGGCGGCGGCCGAGCCGGCGCCCGGCUCGCCGGCCGAACAGAAGGAGGGCGGCGACAGUCCCACCAAGCUGGGCGUCCAGUGGAGCCUCAGCUCCAUCAUGGGCAAGGACUCGGCCAGCACGCCCGUCUCGUCCAUAUUCGACGGCACGCCCGUCAGAAAGCUGUCGCCGCCCGAGUUCCCCGGCAGCGUGGACCCCAUGGGGCCGAGCAGCGCCGAGCCGCUGGACGCCGACGGUCAGGACGACGGCAUCUCCAUCGAGGACCUGGUCACCCAGGUGAAGUCUGGCUCGCCGCUGCUGCUCUCGGACGGACCGGCGCCGAUGGAGAUGUCGGACGACUCGUCCGGCUCCGAGGACGAGCCGCGCCGGCCGGCCGAACAGCCGGCGACCGCUGCGGCCGGCAGCAGCGUGCGCUCCACCGGCGGCGGCAGCCGGCCGCGGCCGCGGCUCUCCGCCCUCAGUGAGAGCGAUAGUGAAAAGGUGGAACGCUCGAAACGGCGCGCGCCGCCGGCCGAGGGCGCGCCGCGCCGGCCCGGCCGGCCACGGGUCAAGCAGAAGCCCUCACCGCGGCGGCCGCCCAGUGACAGUGACUCGGACUCUGACGCCGAGGCGCCGCCGCCGCCGCCGCCGCCCACCCGGCCGCCGCGGCCGCCCGGCCGGCCGCCCAACCCGCCGCCCAGCAAGGGCAGCCUGAAGGCGGCGGCACCGGUGGAGGCGGCGCGGCCUGGCCGGGGCCGCGGCCGGCCCAGCCCCAGCUACCCGUCGCGCGAGAUGAUCAGCACCACCGACUCGUCCGACUCCGAGUCGGUGCCGUCGGCGGGCCGCCGGGUGGCCGCCGCCAGCAGUGACGACGACCGGCCGGCGCCCAGGGCGGCCCCGGCCCCGGCCCCGGCGCCGGCGCCGGCGGCGGCCGCCGUGUCCGACUCGUCCGACUCGGACUCGCCGCCCAAGCUGGACGCCGGCGGCGUGAGCACCAGCGACGCUAACAAGAAGGCCACUGUCAACCGGCUCUUCUUGCACCGCGUCAAAAAGUCGACGCCGCGCGGCCGGCCGGCCAACUCGAGCGAGCGCAGUGAGGGGCACGCAUCCCCGGCGGCGGCGCCGACGCCGCCUGCCGCGCCGCUGGCGCCGCCGCCGGCGCCGGCGCUGCUGGCCGCGCCGGCCGUGCCGCUGCCGCCGCUCAGCCGGCACAACGGCGUGCCGGUACUGCGCUGCCGGAUAGAGAAGCGGCUGGUGCAGCGGACGGACGCGCGCGACGAGCCGCCGCCGCCUCAGACGGAGCUGCGCCGCGCGGACGUCAAGGCCGAGCCGCCGGCGGCGGCCAGCUCGGUCCGCUCGACGGCGUCGGCCGGCUCGCCGGCCACCUCCGGCCAGAAGCGGCGGCGCCACGACUCGGACCGGCGCGCCAAGAAGGAGCGACGCGACGAGGCCGCCUCCAAGCGUCGGCCCGGAUCGGUGCACUCGAACACGCCGUGUGGCGCCGGCCAGCCGGCCGACCAGCCACCCGCCGAGGAGGACGUGCCGCUGGGGAAGCGACGCGCCGCCGACGAGCCGCGCACGCACACACCGACCGGCGGCCCGGCCGGCCAGCACGAGCACAGGAUUGAGUCGCCGCCUACCGGAGUCCGGGAGGCCGACAGCAGUACAAACCCCAGCGCCGAGCCCUACGACAGCAACGUACCGCAGGCGCUCUACACCAACCAGCCCUUCCCCAUCCCGGCGACGUCGUGGUUUGAGGCGCGCUCGCCGUGCGUAGACUCGUGUCUGGACGAGUACGUGGAUAGGGGCGACCAGAACCAGUACCUGAAGCAGGCCCGCUUGCUCAAACGUGCCGCCGACACCGAGCACGACCUCACCCUGCGGGUCAUCAGGUACACCCAGGCGGUGUUAUACUUCCUGCUGACGGCCCUGUCGAUGGAGAAAGACGCUGAUGACGCCGAGAACAUGCUGGUUAUGCUCAACGACACGCUGAAGCUCAUCAAGGACAUGCUGCGCCUCUCGUCGGCCACCUAUCGGAAGCAGGGGAAGCGGCCGAGCCACAUCGACCGGAAGCUGCAGACGCUGCUGCUCCGCUGUCAGGGCCUCAUCUACCUGCGCAUGUUCAAACUCAAGGAGCCCGAGCACAAGAAGGCGCAGCGACAGAUCUCCGACUUCAAGAACCAGAUGAUGGACGAGUGUCUGACUGAAGACGGCCGGGCGUACCAAGUGCCGCGCGAGCUGCUCCUGCUCAUGAUCAAAUGCAACGAGACGCAGGGCCACCUGCGGGACUGGCUCGACUACUGGGAGCAGGCCGACGAGCUGAUGCAGCCCGCGCCCGACAUAGGGAAGUUUUUCGCCGAGAUCGACCGCACGAUGGGCGGCCUGCUCAACACGAGCACGCUGCUCCACCUGGUCUACUACAUACGCGAGACGACGCGCCGGCUGCAGGCCAUGCACACGGGCGCCGCAGUCUGAGCGCCGCCGACCGGCGCGCGCAUCACAACCGUAUCAGGGUACUCCGUGGCAAUCCGAGCCGGGCAGCGGAGCCGCGGCGCCGGCCGAGCUUCCCUCCGAGGGCGGGCGCCGCGCCGGGCCCGGGCCGUUUUGUACCGGCGGCGCGGCCGGCGCCGCCCAGUGCAGGCCGGGUUUGUAUUUUUGUACGGAUCAUCGCCAUCGCCGGCCGGGCACGCAGACGCCGGCGGCAGUAUCGCCGCGCGGCGGCCACCAGUCCAAACCAUCGCCCAUCGCUCUGUCUCUCUCAGUCCUCACACACCGGUUGGCGGCGGCGGCCUGCACCGGCCGGCCGCCGCCCCUCACACGAUGCCUUGACAAGGCAGCCGUCCUGCCUCCCUGUCCCCGCCCUCCCAUCCCCCCGGUCACGGUGCCUCUGGGGCAGUGCCCCGGCACACGCCGUCUCCCUCCUCUCGCUCUCCCCUGUCCCCCUCUCCCCGCCCCGGGUGCCGGGCCGCCGGUCUCAGCCGGCGCCCGCCCCGCUCCAAGUGCCAGCGUUACCGGAUGCGUGCCUCCCCGUGUGCCCUGCCCCGGCCGAGUACCGGGGCUACCCCGCGCCGUCAGCCGGCCAGCCACACUGAUGGAACGGUACUGACAAUACACGUUCGUAUAUUGGGUAUAAAACAGCGGCGUGGCCCGAGGCCGACCGUACACGUAUUUAUUUUGUUUGUUUAAGCUUCCAGGAGGCAGCAUUGCGUCCAGCGAGGGUAUUUUUGUAAAGACUGUUGUACAUAGGUGCGGUGCAGAGUGUUGUGAUGCAAGCUACAAAUGAAUGAUGUGUUAGAUCAUUUUCAUCCGCAGUCCGCACCCCAAUAAACGUGUAUGACGUG